AUGACGUCGCUGCGAACAAUCCUCCAUAGCCCCCGCCAAUCGUGGCGGCUAACAAAGUGGGCAAUUGAACUCAGCGAGUACGAUAUCAAAUAUAAACCCAUAACGAGUUCGAAGGCCCAGGUACUCGCAGAUUUUUUCAUCGAGCUUUUCCCUAAAGAAGCCGAUGGGGAAUUCAAGACCGAUAAAUGGAAAAUCCACGUCGAUGGAGCAUCCUCGAAACAGGGAUCUGAAAUUGGGAUACAACUCGAAUCCCCAGCAGGGGAAAUAAUUGAGAAAUCAUUGCAUCUCAGAUUCCACGUGUCAAAUAAUGAGGCCGAGUACGAAUUAUUGAUAGCAGGACUUCGUCUCGCAGUAAGCAUCAAUGCGAAAAAAGUUAGCGCCUUUAGCGAUUCACAGCUCGUUACGAGCCAAUUCCACGGCGAAUACGAAGCAAAAAAACGAAAGGAUGUAAACCUAUCUCGCCGUCUUACAAAAGGAGAAAGGGCUACCCAAGAAAAUGAAGUAGAAGAGUUCGAGACAUCGCAAGAAGAGGGGACUCACACCGAACCUAACGAAGAAGACGUCGUUAAUUAUGAAGAGUUUGCAAACGAGGACGAUAACGUUCAAUCUGUUAAAACUCAAACACAAAAGACCUCGGCGCUCCCAGCAGACGAGGCCGAUCAUAAAGCUAACCACGAAGCACAUGAGGCUUUUCGGGUCAAACUUGAAUCGAGACCCGAUUGGAGGACACCAAUAUUAAACUAUAUCAAGAACAACGAGCUCCCGCCCGAACGAUGGAAAGCUCGAAAACUGAAAGCCGAAGCUCGCGUUACUGCAUUCUGGGAGAAUAAUUAUACAUACGAAGUUUGGGUGAACCAUAUUUUCACAAUAUUGAGACAAACACAUAGCGGAUCGUGCGGCAGUCACUCCGGUGGUAGGUCGUUCACAAUUAGAAUCAAGAAACAUGGGUACUUCUGGUCCACUAUCGCGAGCGACAGCGAACAAUUCGAACUUAGAUGUGAUAAAUGCCAACUGCAUGCACCUUUUAUUCACCAACCCACACAGAAGAUGUCAUAUGUCUCUUCACCAUACCCAUUCAUGAAGUGGUCCAUGGAUAUAGUAGGACCAUUAGUCUCGUCGGGCUCGGCCAAACUACUAUUCCUCCUAGUUCUAACAAACUACUUCACCAAGUGGGUAGAGGCCGAAGCAUACUAA